ACUGCCCUCUAGUGUAAUGAACCGAUUAUGAAAAAUACAUUUGAUCCCUGCAGCUGAGAUUGCAAUUUGCGCUGUUUUGGUUCGGCCACUUUAAUUUCUGGCCAUCCAAGCUCAUCAGUCCGACAACAAGCACACGGAACAGAGAUGGCAGCACACAGCUGGGAUAUCUGUGUCCCAUCCUGACAAAAAAGACUGUGAUGAGUGCCAGUUCCUGACUGGACAUGUGGAGUAUUAGGUAAGAUCCAACUGAGGAGACACUGCUUCAGACACUGCCCUGCCUUAGACAAACAGGAUUUGAACCCUGGGGUCACGGACUCUCCAUAGCCAGAGGAGACCAUUCUUCAGUGUUAUUAUCGGAAAUGGCUAAUAAUAGAUGACAAGAAAGCCAGAGCGUUCUUUUGGCGGAGUCUUCUUGUGUAGCAGCCGGAGAAGCCAGACGUCCUCGACUUCGGUAAAUCAUGAUUCCCAUAACUGAGCUGCGCUACUUUGUGGAUACGCAACCUACGUAUCGCAUCCUAAAGCCAUGGUGGGACGUGUUCACGGACUAUUUAUCGGUCGUAAUGCUGAUGAUCGCAGUAUUCGGGGGCACGCUUCAGGUCACGCAGGACAAGAUGAUCUGCCUGCCCUGCAAGUGGGUAGUUAACAAGACCUGUAGGAAGUAUUUCAAUGCGACCUAUUCUGUGCCCUUGACCCUCGAGCCUCAAGGAAUCCAGUACGACCUCGAUCGGCACCAGUACAACUAUGUCGACGCUGUCUGCUAUGAAAACAAGCUUCACUGGUUCGCUAAGUAUUUCCCAUAUUUGGUGCUGCUGCAUACGCUCAUCUUUCUGGCUUGCAGCAACUUCUGGUUCAAGUUCCCUUGGACGAGCUCGAAACUGGAGCAUUUUGUGUCUAUCCUGCUGAAGUGUUUUGACUCGCCCUGGACCACGAGAGCUUUGUCCGAAACCGUCGUGGAGGAAAGCGACCCCAAAGCUCUGGUGAAAAUGAACGGCUCCUUCGAUAAAAAGGCUUCUUAUGUGAGCGAAGAUGUGGAGGCGAGCGUUCCCAUGCUGUCGACAACCAGAUCUCGUAUUGAACAAGGAAUCGUGGAUCACUCAGAAACUGGCGUCCUGGACAAAAAGGAAGGCGAACAAGCGAAAGCAUUGUUUGAGAAGGUGAAGAAGUUUCGAACUCAUGUUGAAGAAGGUGAUAUAGUCUAUCGACUCUACAUCCGACAGACUAUCAUUAAAGUUGUUAAGUUUAUUCUUAUUAUUUGUUAUACUGGCUACUAUGUUCACAAUAUUCAAUUCAGCGUCGACUGCAAUGUGGACAUUGAGAGUCUCACUGGUUAUCGCAUGUACAACUGUGCCCAUCCCCUGGCCACUCUCUUCAAGAUCUUAGCCUGCUUCUACAUUAGUCUAGUUAUCGUGUACGGGAUGAUCUGCGUGUACACCCUCAGCUGGAUGCUACGGCGCUCUCUCAAGAAGUACUCGUUUGAGUCCAUCCGAGAGGAGAGCAGCUACAGCGACAUCCCAGACGUGAAAAACGACUUCGCUUUCAUGCUGCAUAUGAUUGACCAGUACGACCCUUUAUAUUCUAAGCGAUUUGCGGUGUUCCUCUCGGAGGUGAGCGAGAACAAACUCCGCCAGCUGAACCUUAACAACGAAUGGACGUUGGAAAAGCUUCGACAGCGAAUCACCAAAAACUCCCAAGAGAAAUUAGAGCUCCAUUUGUUUAUGCUCAGUGGGAUUCCAGAUACAGUUUUUGAUUUAGUGGAGUUGGAGGUCUUAAAGCUUGAGCUCAUUCCUGAUGUCACCAUCCCACCAAUCAUUGCCCAGCUUACUAAUCUCAGAGAGAUGUGGCUCUACCACACACCAGCCAAGAUAGAAGCUCCAGCUCUUGCGUUUCUGAGAGAGCACCUGAAAUCAUUGCACAUCAAGUUCACGGACAUAAAGGAGAUUCCUCUGUGGAUCUACAGCUUGAAGAACCUAAGCGAGUUGCACCUUACUGGGAACCUCAGCGCUGAUAACAAUCGCUACAUCGUCAUCGACGGCUUACGAGAGCUGAAGCGACUGAAGGUUUUGAGACUGAAAAGCAACCUGACGAAGCUGCCUCAGGUGGUCACGGAUGUUGGGAUGCACCUCCAGAAGUUGUCCAUCAACAACGAAGGCACUAAGUUGAUGGUGCUCAACAGCUUAAAGAAGAUGGUGAACCUGUCCGAGCUGGAGCUUGUCCGUUGUGAUCUGGAGCGCAUACCUCAUUCCAUCUUUAGCCUGCACAAUUUGCAGGAGAUCGAUCUUAAGGACAACAACCUGAAAACCAUUGAGGAGAUCAUUAGUUUUCAGCAUCUUCAUCGACUUGUUUGUCUGAAGUUGUGGUAUAAUCAGAUCGCGUACAUACCUAUUCAGAUAGGGACUUUGGUCAACCUGGAGCGCCUGUAUUUGAACCGCAACAAGAUCGAGAAGAUACCACACCAGCUCUUCUUCUGCCGGAAGAUGAGGUUUCUUGAUCUGAGCCAUAACAAUCUGACUGACAUCCCGUCAGAAAUAGGAACUCUACACAACCUUCAGUACCUUGCUGUUACUGCCAAUAGGAUUGAGGCUCUUCCCCCUGAGUUGUUUCAGUGUAAGAAAUUGCGAACACUGAACCUCGGAAACAACUGCCUGCAGUCCCUACCUUCACGGUUCGGGGAGCUCACCAGUCUGACACAGCUGGAGCUCAGGGGCAACAGGCUGGAGGGCCUUCCUGUAGAACUCGGGGAGUGCAGAUUGCUGAAGAGGAGCGGCCUAAUUGUGGAGGACAAUAUUUUCAACACUUUACCUUCAGAGGUCAAAGCGCAGCUGUGGAGAACUGACAAAGAGGCUUCCUGAAGCAGAAGCAUAAACCUGAGAGCACUUACCUGUGUGAAGAUUUUAAAUGGUGUGAGGAAAGGAAUUCAAUCCACAUAAUAGAAAAUGAUACAUUUUUGUUAAAUAUUUCAGGGUUCAUUAGAAUGAAAAAAGGGAAAAAAGUAAGUAUUCACAUUAUGGUAUGUCAUGUUUUAUUAAAACAGACGGCCGUGGCAUUUCUGUUGAUAGACACUGAGGAGUGAGCAGACCAAAUAUUACAUCAGGAUUAAUGUGCUGUGCAUUUUUGCCUUAAUAUCCACAACACUAUUCAGAUAUUGUAUUAUAAACAUUUUGACUACAUUUUAUAUCAGUGUUACUGUGUAAGUGUUACUGUGUGUGUGUAAAAUCACUGUACUGUUGCUUAGACUUCAAGACUUCAAAUUCAACCUGAUUAGGGUUUACAGUUUUUUGUUUACUGCUAAAAUACUACUUGUUUAUUUGAAAUUGUUGGCAAAGCUGUUCAAAUUGCUUUCCUAUUAAUAUGUGAUAACUGGUUAACAUUUUCUGAAACUUUAAGACCAAAUGUCUUAACAUUUAUGUAAGCCAAUAUUAUGCUGUACAGUCUUUUUGACUGAUAAUGGCAGUCAUCUCUGUUGCAUGAAUCAUUAUUCUUUUUAAGGAUUUAGAAUUAUGCAUAAUUCAGUAUUCAUUAUCUUUCACCUCAAAGUAAGUUGCAAUUAUCUACAGUCCUUUAUUUGAAGUUUAUUAUGAAAUAUUUAUGAUUGCACCUAUUUUUUGAUGUGUGCAUGUUACCAGUAUUUAUUUAGCUGAUGCAAAAAUGAAGGCUAAGUACUUUUAUAAAAUGUACAAUGAGAUGUGAUGUCUGAAUCACUAUCUACAUGUGUUUCUUUUGUAUAAAUGCAUAAUAGUAUUAUUACUGUAUGAGUGUUAUCGCUAUAACUUUUUCUAAGAGGUUAGAAAAAGCCUUGAUUACAUUAUACUUACAAAUACAGCACCUUAUUUUCAUCGGUCUGCUCACUUUGAAAUGCCUUUAGAAUUAUCAGUGAAUAAUUUCUAAUGAAUCCGUUUUAUUUAGACAUGUAAACAUUCACAUCCAAAUAGAGUACCCUCAACUUUGCACUAAAUGUUUUCUGUUCCAUUUACACUCAUGCUGUUCUCAUGACAGUUUGUGACAGAAGACGACAAUCAGAAGUAAUUAGUGAAGUGUUGUGUGGAGUAUAAUUUUGACAUUGACUGAAUUGUAACUUUGUGUAAUGAAGGUUAAUACUUCAUGUUAGCUUCUUGUAGGAUUACCAGCUGUUUUGUCUCGCCAUUGUAAUAGCCAUAUUCAAUCUGUUGAUAUGUUAACAAACUUGUUACUGUUGGUCGGUUAUUGAACAUAGCUUGUUGCAUGUUUACUAUUUUACCUCAAAUAUGAAACGGUGUAGAAUUUUUGAAGAAAACUUGUGUUUCUUGUAUAUACACACACGCACACUUUGGAAACUAAGCUAAUAGAAUUUUAGAAGUUACUCAGGUAAGUGCCGUUCAACUUUGUACAUCUAAAGCUUGUCAAACGUUUUUUUAAUGUCACCAUUUAAUAUAUUUAUGGUUGACGACUUCAUUGAAUAUUUGUAUUCAGUAAAACCAAUAUUGUUUCUUUUUUAUGUAAAUGUAAAAUAGACAUGUAAAUGCCAUAAAAUGUAUCAAGCCAUACAGAGUGAAUAAACACUCGGUUUUCUUAAUGUGUCAAUAAAAUCCAC